AUGCAGAAUGGUUAUUACUGUAUUUUCUCUACAGUGGAAGCUGCAAUUGAUGAAGAACAAUAUUCUGUUAAAGUAAUUAAAAAGAAUUACAUUUAUGGCAACAUCAAACAUCAAGUGAACAUUUAUGUUAAAGUGUAUACAAAUAGUCCAUUUCUAGUAUGCAUGGAUUUGGCACUUUCUCAGAAAGAAGUAAUAGAUCCAAACUAUUUAUGGAUUGGACCCAAUGGAAAGAAUCUAAAAGGACAAAGUUACAUCAAUCUCACUGAAACAGGAAAACUGAUGGUGAGAGGUUUUCAGGAGUCUAUGUCUGGAUCUUAUACUUGCACUCUUUCUUAUAAAACCAUCAACACUGACAUACAAGAAGAGAGAGAGAAAUUUAAGACAUAUAAAUUUAUGGUAUAUGCAUAUCGGGAGCCUGACUACACAUACCAGAUAUCUGUUCGGUUUACUACAAAAGAGUGCAGACUAGCAGCUAAUGAUCAAUUCUUUGAAGAGCUGAAGAAAAUCUUGAAUGAUUUAAUCUCUGAUUUGACAUGUCAUGUUAUAGAACCAUCAUACAAAUGUCAUGUCAUCAAGAUACCAAAGCAUGGCCUCCUGGAUGAGCUAUUUGUUACUUUUCAAGUAAAUCCUUUUGCCCCAGGAUGGGAAGCAGUUUGCCAACAGAUUUCUUAUGACUGUGAAGAUGUAACCAACAGAAGAGUUCAGGAGGCAAGAGAUCUCAUUGAAGAAUUUUUCCAUAAACAAACAUAUGUUCUGAAGCACGAGUUUCGGAAUGUACCUGCAAUACAUUAUAUAGACCAUAGUUUUGAAGUUACUCGCAUUGACAGCUGUCGUCCAGGUUUUGGAAAAAAUGAUGACACCCACAAUGACUGCGCUAGUUGCUGUGUGGUUUGUGACCCUGGAACAUACAGUCCUAACAAUGAAGUGAGAUGUCGGAUUUGUACAAGCAUUCGAAUCAAACACUAUGGAGCAAAAUCUUGCUAAUAAACUUAAAAUAGAAAUUGGAAAACUGAAGAAAAGUUGUGAAAGCAUUAUUAUUCUUUUGUGAUGUCCCUUUUUUUACCUCCAAUCCUGGGGCUCUUAUAUUUCAAUAGCCAAUCCUCUUAAGAUUUAUAUAGCUUUACAUUUUCUGUAGUCAGGAACCACUUGUGGAUAGGGAUUCUAAAAAAUGUCUAGUAUAAAAUGUUCAUACCGGGGAGAGUAACUCAAUGGAAAACAAAGAAUGCAAAAAAAAAAUUAUGAGUAUUAAUAUGUGGUUUUUACAGAAAAGUCUCUGGUUUGUGGUAUUGACACUGAACACAGCAUAGCACUGUACUUUAAAUAAAUGAAGGAGCCAUAAACAAUUCAUG